CCUGUUCCAUAAAUAACAAUAGCAGUUCCUAAUCCAUCAAAAAUUAUCUUUUCCAUUAUUAAUUUUGCACCUGGUAAGAUUACUAUGCCUAAUUUAACUAUGCUUUGAUUCAAGGCAAAUAUCGUGCAACCAAUCAUUUUUACAGAUCCUUUUCUAACAAUGAUACCAGCCUGAAGUUCACCAAGGUUUAUGGAUAUGUCUUCUAAUAGAACCUAUAAGAGAGUAGUAGAAUCUGUUAGAAUACGUUUAUACUUAUAAAAUAAUUUAUAUAUUUAUUAGAAUAUAUAUUAUAUAAUAUCUCUAACUUCUUGUCCAGAAAAGUCUAGUAAAGAUGGUGGGCUUUCUAUGUCAUUUGCAGAAAGUAUUAUAUGUUCCGCCCUGCCAAUUCCUUUGAUAGUGCCACCUUCCUCUAGAGCACCGGAGCCUUUAAUUUGAUGUAGUCCCUCUCCAAGAAAAACAAUUUCACCAACGUCAGCAACAAGCAAAGCUUCUUGCAGGCAUCUAUACAUUCUAUAACAAAACGUAUAUUAUAACAUUUCUAACAUUAUCUUCAGUUUGUAUAUACAAUAAUUUUCUUUUCCUUACUGUAGUAAUAGACUUGGUGAUAUGAUAGUUUCAAUUUUAUUUACAGCAUUCUUUAUUUCUGUUAAAGUACCACCGAGCCAUACAAAAUGAGCUUCCUUUUGCUUAUCACUAUUCCCAUGCUUUCUUAUUUGUUCUUGUACCAUAAUAGAGUUAUGAUUUCGUGAGAGAAUAUCUCUAAUUGCAGGAUUUUCAAGUACCUCCAUUUCUGUUUUAAUUUGUUGCAAUCGAAAAUGAAGUUUCAUCAACUGACAAGCUUUACCAUCAUCCAUUAAACAAUUUUCAACUUCCUCUUCAUCGGACAUUGAUUCUUCUAAUCUUGAAAUUUUUUGCUGGAUUUCUCUUCCUUCCCUUAUCAAUGUUCUGAUUACGUCGCAAGUCUCUUUAUUGACGCAUCCCCGUUUCAUAUCAAAGAAUAAUCUAAUUCUGGAUUCUAGAUGCAAAGUCACCCAAUCUGAAUUUUCAUCAUCAUCAAGGUCCCAUGGCAUCCAUAAAUAAUUAUAAAAAAAUCUCACUUGAUCUAUACAACUGGCAGUGCCAACCAUGUCUAAAGUCCUAUUCUCUUGUUUUUGAGUUGGAUAUAAUUCUAUCAAAGGUACAUCAUAUUUUUCAGGCAAAUGAAUGUCAUCUUGUACAGCUGUGAUUUUGACUAAUGCAAAGAGAUCAUUGAAAUCAACUUGCUCUGCCUCGACGACGACAAUAGUAGGAUAAUGAAUUUUUAAAUCUUGACAAGUCAUACGAGGAAUUUUCCACAAUGCUUGCCAUCCAACUGGUUCUAUUACAAGUUCAACAUAAUUUAACCAUUCUGAUUUAAUUUGUGAUGCCGAUACUAUUUUGUUUUGGCUAGAUAGUAUUUCACUGAAUUCUACUAGUCUUUCUUGAAGACUUUUAUCAAAUGUAUAUAUUUCCAUAGUUUCUGUCUUCUCUGAAAAGCAAUUUACAGAUAUUCAUAUAAAUAUCAAAUAUAUAUCAUCGUGUAAAUUGUACUCACAUUAUUUAAACACUUUCUCACAAGUAAUCAGACGAAAAUAAUAUUACUAAACACAGUGAAAUGAUAAUUAGUAUGAGAGGUGAAAUAAAGCGAAGAAGAAUUGCCGCGGAUAAUUGUUUAGAAAUAAAUACAGGAAAGAAUCUUGCCGAAAUUCCAAAAGAUGCAAAUGAUAGAUUGUUCGAUGAAAUUAUUGGCCACAUAGAAGAUCUUUUAUUAGAAGAUGGCUUUCAUGCCAUUCAGGAAGAAUUUUUAGAAAAAUAUUGGACCAUUUUUGAACCAACUGAAGAGAAUAAAUUAAUUUAUACAGAAAUAUUUAAUGAAUAUAAUAAAACUGUGGAAACUUAUAUUGUUAAUUAUUUGCAAAAAAUUAUUCCACAUUUUAAUAUGAAUGUUUUUCUUCAUUAUUUGAGUGAAAAACAAGCAGAAUUAGAUGGCGAAGUUUUCGAAGUAUUAUCUGCAGUUACAGACUUUCUAGCAUUUAAAGAAAUGCUUCUUGACUAUCGAGCUAUGAAAGAAGGAAAAGUUCAAGAUCUUAGUUCAGGAAUAUCCAUAACGUCUGUAAAAAAUCCUAUCACUGAUUUUGAUUUAAGAUAAGAAUAACUUUUUACAAAUAUUUACUUUUGUAAACAAUUAAUCAGCAUUUAUGAAAUAAAAGUAUUUAUCAAAAAUCAUAUUUAUUAUAAUGCA